GCAGAGUGCUCCAGACAGACUCCAUGUCUCGCUGCAUCUUACGGUUGAGACCGGUUUUCUUUGGUGAAAUAUCACCUAGAGCUGCAUCAACUUACACAUCAAAUGCUGACCUUGCGAAUGCUUUGGAAAAAUGGAAAGGAGGUGCGGUCGAUUUGGCUGUCAGCGGGGCUGUCGCGAGGUUACGGUUAAAUCGCCCGGAAAAGAGUAAUUGCUUGUCGGGAGAAAUGAUGGUGCAGUUGAGGAAAAGAUCGGAGGAAUUAGCUUCACUUUCUGAGCCGGGCGUAUUAGUCGUGGAAGGAGUAGGGAAGUCAUUCUGUAGCGGCGCCGAUCUUGGCUUCGUAAAGGAGGUGAGCGAUCCAGUAAUUGGAAGCGCCUACUAUCAGUUCAUGUUUGGUACUCUGCGAAAUAUUCGAACAUCUCCACUUGUGAGCGUCGCACGACUUCAUGGACACUGUUUGGGUGGUGGCUCAGAAAUCGCAACGUCAUGCGACCUUCGAUUUGCUCACAAAGAUGCAAAAAUCGGAUUUCUACAAGCGCGAAUGGGGAUUGUUCCAACUUGGGAAGGAGCUCAUUAUUUGCCAUCUAUAGAUGAAGAAUUUGAGGAAUUGAUUUCAUCGAUGUUGAAAAACGGUGCAGAGGUUUGUAAAGCACAAAAAGCAAUGAUUGAUGCAACGGGAAAAGGAGAGGAGGCUAAACUUGCCGUUAUACGUUCCGUAUGGGGAGGUAAAGCUCAAAAACAAGCUAUACAACGGCAACUUGAUGCAGUCGUAAAUAAGAAGUCGAAAAAGUAGAUUUGAUAAUUUAUUGUUUUGUAGAAAAAUUGUAACGUGCUCAGCUGAUGUUACAAUUCUUGCCAAGACUUUUUAGUAGGCAUUCUUAUGACAAUCUGUGACAUUCAACCGUGAAUUUGAUAAAUCUGAAUUUGAUAAACUUG